AUGCUUACAAUAACUGUGCUAAUAUCUGGUUCUGGAACUAAUUUACAGGCAUUGAUAGAUGCAGAAAAGGAGGGGAAGCUCAAUGGGAAAAUUGGCCAAGUGAUAUCCUCUUCUGAAAAAGCAUAUGGGUUAACUAGGGCGCAAGAGCAUUCUAUUCCAACUAGGGUACAUAGUUUGGCAAUGUACUACAAGGGGAUACCAAAAGAGCAAGUUGAGCUGCGAAAGCAGAAAAGAGAGCAAUUUAAUAUCGACUUAGCAAAUUUGUUGCUUUAUGGCUCAACAGAUGGUAAACCAAUUGAAUCGUAUAAGAAGCCCGACUUGAUUGUCUGUGCUGGUUGGAUGUUGAUAUUGGCACCUUCGAUUUUGCAGCCAUUGGAAAAGGCAGGUGUAACGAUAAUCAACUUGCAUCCGGCAUUGCCAGGCGCAUUUGAUGGUACACACGCUAUCGAUAGGUGUUGGAAAGCAGGUCAAGAUGGCACAAUCACUAAAGGUGGAGUCAUGAUACACAAGGUAAUUACAGAGGUUGACCGCGGAGAUCCAAUAUUGGUAAAAGAACUAGAGUUGAUAAAAGGCGAAUCUCUAGAGCAGUACCAACAAGGUGCUCAAAGAACUCUCGACACUCUCGACACUCUCGACACUAUCGAGCAGAGCGAGAUAGUGGAGCAACAGACUGUCACUGACACUCUCGACACUCUCGACACUCUCGACACUAUCGAGCAGAGCGAGAUAGUGGAGCAACAGACUGUCACCGACACUCUCGACACUGACUGUCACCGACACUCUCGACACUGA